AAACCCCCCAAAUUCCUUGCUUGGAGCAAAGAGCCGGUACCCCCCGACUCGUUUUCCCCCUCGCGCGAAACGUGGCGCCGGCAAGAUGAUGUCUGCUGAAAUAUCUGCUUAAGGUGUUCUAUUGCCCCCUUUCCUUAAAAUCAACAAGAUCAAUGAUAUUCCUUUGGUGGUACAUCUCAUUUUUUGCAUCUUUAUUUUGCUCGUUUAAAGAGCGCUUUUCUUUAAGUCAAAGGGAGCCAAACAAUGUAAGAAAAUUAGAUAUUAAAUUCCAUCUAAUCUCCACAUUCAUAAAUCUGAGUUUUUUGCCAGUUGUCUUAUGAAUAAACAAAAAGCAGUGCCCUCCCCCCUGUUCAAGUCCAGCACUGGACUGACUGGUAUCUGGGAAGCUGAAGUGAAAAGGGAAACAAUAGUUGUUGUUUUUUUCAUCUAGAGUCUCUAGGGUCUAAAAAUAUUCAUUUCCCUAGGACUACAGUGAUGAAAAGUAAAAGAGUCCCUGAACAUAGGUAGGUCCCUUUGUAAGAUCAGCAUGCAGUAUAUCGUCCCUCCCCCUUUCUACAACUAUUUGUAUGAUUACAAAGCCCUACAUCUAACUGGCAAGUGGAUGCUGUACUUUGCUGAUUUAAAAGAUUAUUUAGCAUCAGACUAUCUUGUGUAUCAAAAUAAAUUAUUUGCUUUUUUUGAGGUGUAACCUGACCCCUAACAAAGGUCACAUGACUGAUACUCAAAGGUUUAGGUUGCCAAGGAUAAAGGAUAAUCUGCUGUCAAAACUUUGCUCAAAUAAUAAGAAAAGAGCAUUCAUUGUUCAUGGAGUUUUUCCUCAGUAUGUCUGAAACCAUUAAGUAUAAUGACGACGAUCACAAAACUGUGUUUCUGAAAACAUUAAAUGAACAGCGAUUGGAAGGAGAAUUUUGUGACAUAGCUAUUGUUGUAGAAGACGUGAAGUUCAGAGCCCACAGGUGUGUGCUCGCUGCUUGCAGUACCUACUUUAAAAAGCUUUUCAAAAAACUGGAAGUUGAUAGCUCAUCAGUGAUAGAGAUAGAUUUCCUUCGCUCUGAUAUAUUUGAGGAAGUUUUGAAUUAUAUGUACACAGCCAAGAUUUCAGUUAAGAAAGAAGAUGUAAACUUAAUGAUGUCAUCUGGUCAAAUUCUUGGUAUUAGAUUUUUGGAUAAACUCUGCUCUCAAAAACGUGACGUUUCCAGUCCAGAAGAUAACUCACAAUCAAAAAAUAAGUAUUGUCUUAAAAUAAAUCGAUCAAUUGGUGAAUCUAAUGAUAACCAAGAUGAUGAAGUGGAAGAAAUUGGAGAUCAUGAUGAUAGCCCAUCAGAUAUGACAAUGGAAGGGACUCCUCCUAGUCAAGAAGAUGGAAAAUCACCAACUGCCACUUUAAGGGUUCAGGAAGCUAUUUUGAAAGAGUUGGGGAGUGAAGAGGUUCGAAAGGUAAAUUGCUAUGGUCAGGAAGUAGAGUCCAUAGAGACUGCAGAAACAAAAGAAUUAGGAUCUCAGACUCCUCAAGCUCUAGCGUUUAAUGAUGGCAUAAGUGAGGUAAAGGAUGAACAGACCCCAGCAUGGACAACAGCAGCUGGUGACAUGAAGUUUGAAUAUUUGCUUUAUGGUCACAGGGAACAGAUUGCAUGUCAGGCCUGUGGCAAGACAUUUUCUGAUGAAGCACGAUUGAGAAAACAUGAAAAGCUUCAUACUGCUGAUAGACCAUUUGUUUGUGAAAUGUGCACUAAAGGCUUUACUACUCAAGCUCACUUGAAAGAACACCUAAAAAUCCACACAGGUUACAAGCCUUAUAGCUGUGAAGUAUGUGGAAAGUCUUUUAUCCGUGCUCCAGAUCUAAAGAAGCACGAAAGAGUUCACAGUAAUGAAAGGCCAUUUGCGUGCCACAUGUGUGAUAAAGCAUUCAAGCACAAGUCCCAUCUGAAAGACCAUGAACGAAGACACAGAGGAGAAAAGCCUUUUGUGUGUAGCUCUUGUACUAAAGCUUUUGCCAAAGCAUCUGAUUUAAAAAGACAUGAGAACAAUAUGCACAGUGAAAGGAAACAGGUAACCACUACCAGUGCUCUUCAGAGUGAAACAGAACAGUUACAGGCAGCAGCUAUGGCUGCUGAAGCAGAACAGCAACUUGAAACUAUAGCCUGUAAUUAAAGGUGUAAGUAGCAGUGUGUUGAAAAAUGUUUGAUAAAUCACCAUUGGAAAAUAUUUUUAAAGGGAUUUAAAGAGUAAGAAAAAUAGUUUGCAGCAAAGAGCACUCCAUCAGUGACCUUAAAUGUGGGAUAAAGUCUUGAUUUAGAAUGUUAAUCUUACAUAAAUAAAAAUUGGAGUCAGUUUCUUGCCAGUACUUUACUUCUCUAUUAAAAUUCUUUUUUUUUCCAGUGCAUGCCCAGUCCCCAUUAGAAUAAACUCUAUGCAUGUGGAAUGGACAUCUUUACACUCCAAUGCACAGCAAAAUUAAGCCAAACUAUAUGAAUUUCAACUAUUUAUUAUUUCAAUUCCUUUAAUAUCCCAGUCCUAAAUCCAAGUAAUCUAUAACUUGCUUUAGAUUAGCUGUGUUCUCUUUGGAUGAGAAAUGGUGAGGUGCUGAGUGAAAGGGGAAGAAACUAUUUCAUUAUGGGCUCUUUGGACUGCAGUACUUGUGUGGAAAUAAGCCUCAUAGAAAUCAGUAGAAAUAAGGUCUAUAUACUUAUGGCAAUCAGUUUAAAUCCAUGUCCUUUGGUUUCAUUGGCCUGCAGGUUGUACAUUGAACACCUUAAAAUUAUGACUACCAAAAUGAAUCAGAGUAAGUGCAGGGAUUCAUUCAAAAUUUUAGAAAUACUAUUUAAGCAUUUCAUCUAAUACAUCUUAACAGUUGUCUAAUUCCAGCUUAAUCUGCUGCAAAUGGGUUGGAUCUGAAGGUUCCAUCCAUUGGAGGAAGACCCCACCCUUAGCAGAAUAGAAACUUUGGAUCCAACCCUUAUUUUUGUGAAUUAAUAUAGCUGAGUGGACAACUGAAGAAUGGGCAUGCUGCUUUUUCUUUCCCCGCUCUGCCUGGUGAAUUAGAAUACCCUGAUAUUUCUGUUUUGCCUUCAUCAUGUACUUUAAGAUACCAAUCAUAUGUAUACUCACUAGGGAAUAAGCUCCGUCUACAGAGUGAGACUUGUUUCUGACCAAUCAUGCACAGGAUUGGAGCAGUAAAGAUAUAGAAUUUUCCUGUGUAUUUGAGGAAGUGGUCUUCCACACUGCCAAUGUGAUUCUACAGGAGCUUCAAGGUCAUGUCUGGCCCAUUCCAGAACAUUCUUCCUUACAUAAGCAUUCUAAUUUAACCCUAUUUUGUUUUUUCUAAUCAGUGCCAUGCAAGAGUAAGGAAUGUCCAUUCCUCUCAGUUGCUUUGUAGUGUUUAGUGUCACUGCAACAAUUUUCUCCAAACCAUUUCUUUUCUAAGCCCCCUUUCAUGUUGCUUAUGUGACUAUUGCUGCAAUCCAGGCCUCAAGGCAAUAGCAAGAGUUACUGGCUGAUUUGCUUGUUUUUGUCUUAAUUGCAUUCAAGUGAUUAAUUUUUUCUGAUAGGGAACCCAAACAUAAGACAGCAGACAGAAGAGGGUACAGCUGUUGCACCAGUGUUCAUAUAAUGGAAGGCGAUAUUCACUAGCUGUACAUGUAGGAACCAGUUGAGAAGCCACUAGGACGCUCAGGUCUGCAUGAGUACUGCAUGCCAAUUCCCAAUCCAAUAUGUUGUCCCUUGCACAAAGAUAUUUUAUUCUAGUGCCAGAAGCUUUAGAGUAGAAAGCAGUGGGCAUGGACAAAGAGGUCAACAAAUAUCAUACAGAACUCCGAACUGUUCAGCCUUUUUUUAUUCAAAACAGCUCAAGGGGGAGAGAUUCAUACAACAAUGAGCUGCAAUCAGUCUUUACCGUCCCUUCACAAGUUUGAUCUUAAGUGGCUGAACAAUCUUGCUGUAGUAGCAGUAGUAGCAGGCAGUUCAGAGGAUCCAGCUAUUAGAGAUGAGUUCACUAUAACACAGUUUAAAAGGCUCCAGACUCUAGUUCUCACUGAGGUGGUAAUUUUAUGGCUGGGCCAUACAAUUUCAGAUUGCAAGUAAUAGCUCACAUGAUUGGAUACGCCUUACAAAAAAAAUACCUACAGAUGACAAACUAGCAGGUCAGAGGAAUAUAUAUAUAUAUAUAUUUAAAAUAAGGAAAACAGUCACAUGAGUCACCAUGUACCUUUGAAGCAGAAUGGCCCAUACAUAAGUUCUGAGAUAAUUCAGGGUCAUUUUCAGGAAUCUAGUGGAAUACAAUGUGUAAACCUGCAGAAUAGAAAGAGGCAUGUUAUAACACUAUUCCCUUUUGAUUGACAAAAAUUAAAAUUACAGUGCUGUUUUGCUUCUUGUUAUUUUUCCUACUUUAAAAAAAAUAGGUAUUGUAUUGUGGCAAGCUAUAUCACAACUAGUUGCACUAUUCAGUGUUUUGAGAUUUACAUCCUAGUCAUGAGCCUAUCUGCUUGGAAGUAAGCUUCCUCGAGUUCAACUGGACGGACAAACUAGUAAGUGAGCUUAGGGUUGCAGCUUGGUACCAGAGCUUAGAAGGCACAGUUAUGAAAUCAUUGCUUCACAAAAUCACCAGAUUUGGACAACAAGUUCAUAUACAUUUCUUAAAGCAGCUCUCCAGAAAAGAGUUCCAGGGAGAGAAUCCUUAAAAAAAUUGGUAGAGAAUUUCUGUCUGGGAUAUUUUCUGAAAAAAGAAACAGAAUUUUUUUGAGAUUCUUUCAAAAUAUAGUGCUCCCCCACUUUUUAAUAAAAGUGGGAUUUAAAAUGCAAAAAUCAGAUAUCAGAUAGGCUUUCAGAGAUUUCACUGAUCAUAAUUUCAUUUGUAAUGAACUGUAGGAUGGGAUGUCUGUUUCUUGUGUUAAAAGAGAAGCUGGUAAGUCAGUUACAGACUUUGAAGAAUUUUCUCAACACCUGUAAGAUUUGUUUACAUACUAUUAUCAAGAUUACAUUUAAAAUAGCAUCAGACAAAAUGUGUUGUAUUAACAUCAGGUUAGAAUAAGUUCCUAGAGUAUGUAUUUAUAAAUUAUUGUGUGGCAAAUCAACUUUUGCAUUUCUAAAUAGAAAUUAAGAUUAACAUUUUUAAUUAUUAGAAUAAAAAUCAUCUAACUAUUGAUCUUUGUUAUACUGUCAUUGUGCUUCAUAGUUAUAUUUAAAAUGCCAACAGUUUGAAAAUGAUCUUGUAAAUAAAAUGUGACUAUUUUAGAAUA